AUGGAGAAAGUCUGGAGAGUUGGCGCAACCGUUCCCGAAGCAGUUCAUGACCAUGUGCAUAAUCGUGUCGCUCAGAUGGUUUCCAGCCAACCUCAAAAUCCAGCGGUCUAUGCUUGGGACGGAGAGCUCUCGUAUGCCGAACUGGAUCGUUUAGCCAGAAAGCUAGCCGGCCAACUGACAGCCCUCGGUACCGAGCCGGGGGACAUUGUUCCUCUUUUGUUCGAGAAGUCUAUUUGGACCACUGUGGCUAUUCUGGCUGUCGUGAAGGUCGGUGCCGGAUUUGUUAUCCUCGAUCGGUUUCUUCCCGAAUCUCGCCUUCAAAUCAUCGUGAAGCAGUCAGAUGCAAAAUAUAUAUUGACGUCAAUUUCGAAUCGAGACCAAGCAGAACGCCUGUCCCCAAGUGCUCCUAUUGUCGUUGGGAAAUUACUAGAAGCAGAUGAUGAUGGCCCGCUUCUACCUAUCGAUUAUCCAGCACCACCGCCUUCAUCCAUUGUCUAUGUCGUGUUCACAUCAGGAAGCACUGGUGAACCUAAAGGAUGUGUGGUCUCACACGAAAACCUGUGCUCUGCACUUCACCACCAGAUACCCUGUCUGGGAUACAAGCCAACAUCAAGGGUGUUUGACUUUUCCUCCUACAGCUUUGAUAUCACCAUUCACAACAUGUUUGCAACCUGGUGGACUGGAGGCUGCGUUUGUAUACCCAGCGACACCGAUCGAACCGAGAAUCUGGCAAAGACCAUAGCCGACAUGCAGGCGACGAUAGUACAUUUGACGCCGACAGUGGCUCGCCUAUUGGACCCGGAGUGUGUGCCCAUGCUAGAGACGCUAGUUCUGUUGGGUGAGAUUAUCACAGAUCAUGAUACAAAGCCUUGGUGGGGUCGAGGGCAGCGCUUGAUCAAUGCCUACGGCCCAACAGAAUGUACAUCAUACAGCGCUAUCAACUACCAAGCGUCCACUUCAAGCAUGCUAUCUAGCAUUGGGACUGGAAUGGGUUCUGUUAUAUGGGUUGUUGAUCCCCAUGAUCAUCACAUUUUGCUCCCUUGGGGUCAGACUGGAGAACUUCUGAUCGAAGGGCCUAUUGUUGGGCUAGGGUACCUGAACGACCCAAUAAAAACUGAGGCCACAUUUAUAGUAGAUCCGCGAUGGCUAGUCAAAGGAGCCUGUGGUGUUCCAGGCAGACGUGGUCGACUUUAUAAGACCGGUGACCUGGGAAUGUAUACAGAAGAUGGUAGGAUUAACAUUCUGGGACGCAAAGAUACCCAAGUCAAGAUUCGUGGCAAUAGGAUUGAGCUUGGUGAGGUUGAAUGCCAAGUGCAAGACUGUAUGCCAGAAGUCUCACGUGUGGUGGCUGAAACGAUUCGGCUCCAAGAGUCGAUAAGCCACAUCCUGGCUGUUUUCCUGUGCAUACCAGAGUCAACACCUGUUAUGGACGCUCACCUGUUCAAGAUCAGCGAAGAGAUUAUUUCUCGUCUAGCACAAAAACUACCAGCGUACAUGAUACCCACGCUUUUUUUCAGUAUGUCGCAACUACCUUCGACAUUGACCGGAAAACUGGACCGCAAGCGUUUAAGGGAAAUUGGAAGUUCCUGGUCAAUCGAGAAAGUUGCACUGGCUGCCCUCGGCGAGAAAAGAUCACCCCGAACAAGUGAUGAGCAUAAAGUUCGGAAUUUAUGGGUGAAGGUGCUCAACAUUGAUGAGAGCCUCAUCGGGGUUGACGACGAUUUUUUUCAACUAGGAGGCGAUUCUAUGUCCGCUUUACAACUCGUCGGAGCAGCCAGAAGAGCUGGGUCAGUAUUGACGCUGGCCAAAAUAUUCCACAAUCCUGUUCUUUCAGCUAUGUGUAAGGUUAUUACCCAAGCCCCUGUGUCAGAAGAGCCCUUAGUAGAAGCUCCUCUAGGCCUUGACCUGAUUGAUGAAGGCAUGAAGGAGGGUCUUGCUGCUCACAUUUCAGCUUCUAUUGGUCUCCAAGGCUCUGAUAUGGCGGAGAUUCUGCCCCUCACUGAUAUGCAAGAGUACUAUAUUCGUGAUGGAAUCGCCGAGGAUCGGCAAUUUGUCGAUUACUAUUAUCUUGAUCUUGGCCUAGAUGUGGAUAUUGUUCGGCUGAAGAAUAGCUGCCAGCAAAUCAUGGAACUGUUCCCCAUUAUCACGGCAACCUUUGUGCCUUACCUAGGUCGGCACUAUGCUGUCAUUCCUACGGCUUUGGAUUUGCCCUUUCAAACGAUCGAUACCUUGGAGGACCUGCCAGAUGCGACUGCAACUCUCUGUCUUGAAGACAUCAGCAAUUUUCAACGGCACCAAACCAUUCUUCGCUUUGUUCUCAUCCGUCAUAAAACCCAAGGUAUGCGACUCAUUCUGCGCCUCUCUCACGCGCAGUAUGACGCGAUGUCCAUCGGUUUCAUAUUCGAGGCACUAGUUGAGUUCUACAAUGGCCGCCAGCCUACUGAGCGGUCCACAUUCUCUAACUAUAUGACCCACGUCGCUCGCUGUCGGCCGAAAUCAAUUUCCCACUUCAAAAGAGUCUUGGACAACGCGCACUUCACGGAUAUGAGCCCCCAAUUCCUGCAAGAGGAACUUCCAGUCACCGCUGUGCCCUACCGUAUCCAGAAUGAGAUUGCCACCCCAAGGAUAGAGGCUGGAAUUACUCUUGCCUCGCUCAUGAGUGCUGCUUGGGCCCUUUUCUUAUCAAACAUGUUGAAAUGCGACGAUAUUGUGUUCGGACGUCUCAUCAACGGUCGUAACGCGCCUCUGCCAGGCAUUGAAGAGCUUGUUGGAUGUUGCAUCAAUGUGUCUCCCGCUCGUGUAUCUCUAUCAUCUCAGAAAGUGACCGUUAAAGAAGUGGUUCAGGAUGUACAAGGCCAAUUCGGAGCGCUUGGUGAUGCCGACGCGUUUGGAUUCGAGGAAGCGGUCCACAAAUGUACGGCAUGGCCGGCUGGUAGUGCGAUUUUCUCCGCUACAAUGCAUCAAAACGUCGAGGAAGAUCUUGCGUUUGAGCUGGAGGCUGGAUUCACUGGCCGCUUGCGCCGUUUUGAAAAUGAUCGGCGCUUACCAUUUUUCCUGUACAUGAUCUCAUACCCUCGGGGUGACAGAAUGGGGGUGGAGAUAUUUUCGCACACACGAAUGGUUUCACAGGAGAAAUCAAGGGUAUUGCUGGAUCGCUUCUGUCCGGUGGUGGAAAGGGUUGCAGAGGCCUUGAGAGAAGGGUUGUGUGUUGAAGAUAUAAGAAUAUAG